AUACCGGUACCUCACUAGCCUCACCGCGCUCCCCGCGGCCUCGAUUUUGCCACGCCCAGCGCGCGCAUUCUCCAACAAAAUACACACGAAAUGGAUGCACAGAGAAUCGAGUCGAGCCGGCGUCGCUUGUAGCUCGCGCGGUUCAGUCACGCACGUCACAUCAGUCAGUCGAGUAGCGAUCUCGAUAGCCUGCGAACCGUACGCACGGCGCACACGUGCCCUCGCGCCCGUCCCUUAUCCACAUCCACACCGCCGCACUCCGCGCGACCAUCGCUCUCGGUGCCGAUCCGACCGGUGCCUCGCUCGCUUUUGACCUAUUAUGUAAUACGAAAAUAAACACCGCGCCUUUAACAGCGAGCACGUGUGCGCACCGGCUGCUGUACAUCGCCGUCCACAUCCGACCACCAACCAAUUCAUCUCCAUAACCUAAGAAAACGCGAUUCUUCAUCUUCAAUUUGUGUAGCUCCAGUUGCGUCUACUUCGAGAAUAUAUUUUCAAUCUUUCACAAAUUUGGUUUGUCGGUGCCAUAAUUGCCGUAUAAUUAAUUCAAAGGUGAUAGUGUUGUAGUGGAUUGUUGUUAGUUGCCUAAUUUCAAUCAUUGCGAAAUGUCUAACUCAAUGGAACAGCAAUUUGGUGAACUGAGCCUCUCACAGGAAGAUCAUGACCAAAUCUUUGAACAGGAGGACCAUCAGGAUCAAAGCCGAUCAAGGAUUCUCAUCAGUGGGCUCCCCCUGCAUGCUCGCUUCGACACCAUCGAGCCCCUGCUCUCACAGUAUGGCAACGUGCAACAUUGCGACAAAGCGAACUCACGCGAUGCCAACACCCAAGCGGUGUACAUCACAUUCGAGACCCCGGAGCAAGCGCAGCAAGCCAUCAACGGACUAAACGGGUGCGAGGUGGAGGGGAGUCGUAUGAAGGUGGAGGCGGCGGAUGGGAUGGCGCGAGGCGGCCGGCGUGGGCGACCGGGUGGUGGCCGCGGCGGCGGCGGCGCACCUGGCACUGGCGCGCGCCCUACGGACUUUCCGUUGCGCUUGCUUGUCCAAAGUGAUAUGGUUGGUGCUAUCAUCGGCCGUCAGGGCAGCACUAUUCGUCUCAUCACUCAGCAAAGUCGUGCUCGUGUCGAUGUCCACCGCAAAGAUAACGUUGGCUCCCUGGAGAAGGCCAUAACCAUUUAUGGCAACCCAGACAAUUGCACUAAUGCUUGCAAACGAAUAUUGGAGGUGAUGCAGCAAGAAGCAAAUAAUACAAACAAAGGGGAAAUAUGUCUUAAAAUUCUUGCACACAAUAAUUUGAUCGGGCGCAUCAUUGGAAAGGGUGGAAAUACCAUUAAAAGAAUAAUGCAAGAAACUGACACCAAGAUCACUGUAUCUUCAAUAAAUGAUAUAAACAGCUUCAAUUUGGAGCGAAUCAUCACUGUAAAGGGGACUAUUGAAAAUAUGGCUAAAGCAGAGUCACAAAUAUCAGCAAAACUGCGUCAAAGUUAUGAAAAUGAUCUGCAGGUGCUGGCACCGCAGAGUAUAAUGUUCCCGGGUCUGCACCCGAUGGCUAUGAUGUCGACUGGCCGCGGAUUUUGCGGUGCACCGCCGCCCUUCCCACCGCCCAUUUAUGCGCCGCUGGCCGGCCAAGGUGGCGCGCAACAGGGCGCUGGCGACUCGCAAGAGACCACUUAUUUGUACAUCCCUAACAACGCAGUGGGUGCUAUCAUCGGCACUAAGGGAUCGCAUAUUCGGAACAUUAUUCGAUUCAGCAAUGCUUCUGUGAAAAUAGCGCCUCUCGAGCAGGAAAAGGGCGCAGAGGGCGGCACCAGCGCGGGCGCAGUCGGUCCUGCAGCUGCGCAACAAGAGCGCAAAGUUACCAUCGUAGGUAGCCCGGAAGCGCAAUGGAAGGCACAAUAUCUGAUCUUUGAAAAAAUGCGGGAGGAAGGAUUCAUGUCGGGGUCAGAAGACGUGCGGCUGACUGUUGAGAUCGUGGUGGCUUCAUCGCAAGUUGGGCGUAUCAUAGGCAAGGGAGGACAGAACGUCCGUGAGCUCCAGCGCGUUACUGGCUCGUUGAUAAAGUUGCCCGAGCAACCUCAGCCGCCGGCUGCCGCCGCUCAUGAUCAUGAGACCACCGUGCACAUCGUUGGACCUUUCUACAGCGUCCAGUCAGCGCAACGGCGCAUUCGUGCGAUGGUGGCGCAGGCGAGCGCCCCAGGCCGCCACCGACGCGCCGCACCGCCGCCGCCGCCCGCCCAGCAGUAGGCGCCGGUCACACCGACACCACCACCCGCCGCCACCUCUCCGUCGCCACUUCACAGCCACGGCAACGCCUGCCCCGCUCCGCCUCAGCCCCGAUCCCACCCUGAAUUCCAGUCCAAAGGCCCAGCUCCGUUUAGCUCUGCCUUUGUAGUCUUGCUAUGCGCAGCCUCAAGCGCUUUGAUUUGUUGGCAGCCUGUGUCCAAUGUUGUUGUUGAAGUAAUUAUAUUAACGUAGUGAAUUAUAAUUAAAUACUAUUGACGAAUUUUAUCCCGGAAUUAAUGUUGAUGAGUAAUUGGAUAUAUAUUAUGUAUAUUAUAUAUAUUAUUCAUAUACACUAUUUUUUUUUAACGAUAGUGACAGUUGUGAAUAUAUAUUAAUUAGCCGGAAUAUAUUUAAUUGUUAUAUUGUUUUCAUACCAUGUUAUUAUACUGCAUUGUAAAGAGUUUUCACUGAAGGCAAUAGUUGACGAUUAUGUUCUCUAUACAUAUACACAUGUUAGUAGCAAUAGGUUAUAGUACAGCACCAUUUUUAUACAAACGAGAUGUAAUACAUAUUUUGUUUUGUUAUGAAAUAAUAGAUUAAUCUGUUAAAGCACUACAAUAUACUGUUGAUUUUAGUCGAAAGGGUGUGUGGGUUGCGAACUCUGAUCUGGAAUGGAGAUACACGACAUCGCUUUACUCAUGAGGCUCAACGACAAUCAAAAGCUUUGCAACUAUGAAGUAAGGAUAUCCUAAUGUAACUCAUUGUGCGCGCGAACCGAUAAAAGGUGCUUGGCCGACCGCCGUCUUGUGGACGGGCUGACCAACUGACUGACUGACCAUAAGACGGACCAUGCGACAGACUGACUAGUCGACUAUUUACUCGAAUCAACCAGCGGCGCUGCACUCCACCUGCGAUGGAUAUAAAUAUUUUUGAUAUAGUAGUCAUCGUUGGACGGUAAGGUUUAAAAGGUACGAGUUUUAAUUUGUAAGUGACAUUUGUUGAUCGUUUUCUUUGUAAUUUUGUCUUUGUUAGCUUUAUAACGGUUUUCCUGUAUCGAUGCGACAAUGGCGAUCGUCACACCGAGCCGCACCAGCUCAGCUAGUGCGGAGCGAUGCGGAGCGGUCGUUCGGUUCCACGCGACGAUACGGUUUUAUGCGAGUGUACGAUUUGCGUUAUAAUUGUGCCAAGUGAGAUAUUUAACUAUGAAAGUUUAAGAUUAAGUGAAUGAUAUCAAAAUUGAUGAAAAGCUUAGAUAUUUAUAUUUAUAAUUGUGAUAAUAAUAUAUGGAAGUUUUGGCAAAAAUGUAAGAAUGUUUUGACAUUCUUUUUCCAUUAUCUUAAUUCUUUCGAGCAGGGUUGUAACGGAGCUCUCCUCCGCAAUGGAGAAUUUGACGCGACACGUCCGUUCGCCUCUUAUGUGCAAAAACGUAGUAAACGUAAUGAGGCUCGAGUCGGGUUGGUACCUGAUUAAGAUAAACGAGUUGCCCCCGUAGAAUAAUGCGUUAUUACUCGUUACUCGUUUAGUGUUUUUUUAUCGACAGAUAGUGUCUAGAUAAAAUAUUAAAUUAGUUUAUAAUGAAUGGUUUUUUAGUAAUAGACGAUCUUAAAGUAAAAUUUAUUAAAUUUUAGAUAGUUAAUAAAUAUUGAAGUAAGCGGCGAUAUAAAUAUUCUGAAAGCAUACUUUCAAUAUAAUAAAUCAAAACUUAAGUCAAUAAUGUGAUGUCAUCAAAUUGCAUAUUUAAGAUAAUACAAUGGAUGUGCUACGCAAGCCCCAGUAGUGUUUUUUUUUUUGCUUUCCGCGGAGGUCAAAUUUGAGACCUUAUCUUUGUGUGUUUAUUAAUUAUUACAUCCGUUGUAACCCUGCUCUCGAGGUUAGAAUAUAUGAAUUAUAUUAUACGGCGCCGUAAACUUGCGCUCGCUCCCAGGUGCAUAAAAUAAUUUUCAUUUCAAAUUGGCCCACCGCUCCGCCGCCGCUCUGAACAACCGAGCGCCUAAGCAGUCAUCGUUUGCCGACCCCACCUGGAUACUUCCACAUAUUAUUUAAAACUAUCUCGCUAUUGGCAUUCAAUUUUCACCGAAUGUACUGUUACCGAACGAUUUAAUGAUUUUAACACGGACCUACAUACUUUCAUCGAAUAAAAAUAAAUAGCCGUUCUGUGCGAAUAUUUUCUGUACCUUUCUGCGUACCGUACAUUAUGGACCUAUUUAUGCCAAGUAUUUUGUAAUCUUCCCUGACUACUUCAUGUACUUUGGGAGUUAUUUUAUAUUUAUUUAUUCGGAACAUCACUAAUGUUAACGGUUUUGACAGUAUUGGCAUUAAGGACGUAAUAAAAUUUGAAUAUGAUGACAGUAGGUAGUCUGGUAAUCAAUAAUAUUUUUGCCGUAUCAUGACAAUCUAAAAACAUAAUGGGGGCACCUAUUCAAAACAUUGUGUAUUUUUGAAUAGUGAAAGUAACUAAUAAAACAUUGUUGGCAAAUAAUAUAUUUGUGAUUUUUAAACAAUUUUAAUGGCAUAUAAAUUUUGCCCCUAAAUAUAACCCCGCGCUCACGCUUUUUUUUAUAACACCUCGUACAGUAUGUCUUCUAAAAUACAUAUCUGACAAUGAUAGAACACUAUCUCUAACAAUUUAUUUUAACGCUUGAGGUGUUAUUUAACAUUCCUUAAUUGUUAUCACAUAGAAAAAAAAUACAAUAUAAACUUGUUUGUCGAUGAUUAUGAUUUACUGACAUUUUAGCGAGUGCGCGGGGCAGUUACGGUCUUAGUUUUAAACAAUAGGUAAUUAAGACCUGCGCGGAACUAGAUUUCUGCUAAGUUAUGUUUGCCCAAGAUUUACGAACUGUCAUUUUGCUUGAACAGGCUUUUUUUUGUAAACAAGCCUUUAGCUUAAGUUGUUCCUGUUUGUUUGUAUAAAUACGUCAUAUCAUGUAACAGUUUGUUAAUAUUGGGAAUAUGUUUUGUACUAUAGGCGUGUACUUUAUUGAAUAUUAACAAAGUUUACAUGAUAUGGUCUCUUGAUCUUAUUAGCUGCUCAAUUACAGAAUUUUAAAAGUUCCUCAACCUCUCUGGGCAUAUUUUGUAAUUGUGUGGCUAAUAAUGCGAUUGAAAUGUAUUAUUAAAAAUAACAAUUCUCGUUAUAGAAAAAGUUCUAAUACUUAGUAAUUACACUAGAUUGUUUAUAGUCUAGGUGAUAAAGGCGCCAGUUUAGAACCAGGUUUAACAGGGACUGGCCAAUAAUUGGUUUUUUAAAAUAUCAGUUCAUUGCAAAAACUGUCUGCUCGAUUGACAUGAUUUAAUUAUAAACGACAAUCCACAAACAGAUAUAAAACAUGAUAUACUGUAGGACAAUAUGUGCGAGCGCGUCGGCCGUUUAUAUUUUAUUUUGCAGUAUCUUAUUCGUUGUAAACGGCCACUCGACUGCGACCGGAGGAGUGUACAUAUAGGCAUGUCGUUAAUUCCUUCCAUUUGUAAGCAAGAGUAUCAUAAUGUUGCACAUUAUGAUUUGUGUUAGGAAGCAGAAAUUAAUAGUUUUAGUUGAUUAUUGUAUCGUUGUGAAGUAGUGUUAAGUUGAGGCAGGCGCGGGCGCGCGGCCCGAGACUGAACUACAUCGCCGCGUUGCCCACGUCCAGCCAUCUAAAUGUCAUUCUCGCUGGUAAAAUAUACUUUAUCAUUCUUGUUUGAUGGUUCUACUGUUAUAGACAUUUUAAUAUUCAUUUCUCAUGUGUGUAAUCAAUUAUUUGUGUAUUUGGCGUGUGAUCGACUGAAUUAUCGAUUUCAUUUUAUGUGCAUGAAUGUAUCUUAAAAUAGUACCUAUGCAAAAGGAAUAUUACGAUUAAAUAUUGAUUGACUUGUUUAAUAUUAUAAAAAGAGCGCGGUCGAGCACACGGCAUUCGGCGCCGAGAGCGCAAUGCCCCGUGCGCAGAGCCCGAGGGUCAUGUAUUGGGGAGCUGUUAUUGUUGCUUCUCGUCUGAGUAUUUUAAGGUCCAAUGUACAUUUUAGGAAGGUUGAUUUUUUUUUAUUCAGUAUCUGUUCGUACUGGACGUUUCUUACAUAUUCAACCAAAUUUUCUUUUGAAUUUUUACUGUUAUUUUUAGAACCAUUUAUAAUUGGUAUAAGUUCAGAAACUAAUAACUACCUCAAUAUUACUAAAUGAAUAUGAUAAUUAUCUUUGUGCAUGUUUUUGGGAACUGAAUUAAAAAAAAAUACAAAAAUUCAAUAUAGUAUAAGAAUGCUAUUUUAAACAAUAAUGGAAAAUUGUCAAAUUUAGGUUUCUUAACGUAAUAAAAAUUGAUGAAAAUUUUAA